AUAUAACACCCGAUCGAUAUAACACAAGAGGUUCGUAUUUCCAGCGCGCACGAACCUAACCUAGACUGCACCUCGAGCUUCGUGCCUUGGUAAACACGAUCAAUGUCGUCCGUCGUUUCGACUGGUUCGACGAGGAUGCCGUGAAAGUAACGUUACCGCUGCUCGACAGAACCAAAGGACAUCGAACGCAUGAACAGCCUCAAGUCGUUCAUAUCCUUGCGCGGCAGUUUGAUGGUUCGACUAAACGCGAUGACAGGUGGUGGACUCGAUUGUUGAUCGACCGAACCGCGGGCGAUUUGUUCGAUCGACGAUCGAAAACUUGAUAUAUUCAAGGGAGGCCGAUCCACCCCGGAAGAAUUGCGACUGCGACGUACGACGGGACGGAAAAUUGCGGGAGUCGGAUAGAGCAGCGCAGGAGAGAGAAUCCGAGGCGCUUUUAUUUUUAGCCAACGUCGCUUCGCGCAUCGCAAAAACCGGUUUCCGAGUCUCGGGGCCCGAGCCACGAGUCUGUCCCACUUUCUAGAAUCGCCCUGUACACGCCAGAAGGAUUUUAGGUGAAAAGUGAGGAAACGAGAGGGAGAGACACGCGAUAUAAAGGUGGAGUAUGGUCUUCGGUCAUUCUCCGUCCUUCGUUCGCGAAAGAAGGAAACAAAGAGUGAGACUCGAGGAACGUGGAAUUCGCCUAAGCCCGAUGUACACCUCUCCUCUUCUCUUCUACAUUCUCUCCCACCUCGAACUAUCGAUUGCAUGCAUGCACGCGCCUAUCCAUACACGAAGCGGUACGUGACAUCGUGGAGUGCGUGAGAUUCGAUCAUCGAGCGGUUCGACGACGCGAUGUGCCCGUCGCUCGACGUAAUUAGUCGACCUUGAUACACGUAAAGAUACCGAUAGAUGAUCGUAGCCGCAGUUUCGCAACGAAUUCGAUCCAUGAAGCGGCUACGCAGAGACGUUGGGAGAGUGAUUAGGUGAAUUAACGGAAGAGGACCGAAGCAAAUGAAGUGAGAAGAGUCAAAGAAGUUUAAGAAGAGGUCGAAUAAACGAUUGGUUGCGUGGCACACGAGAUCGACGAGACACGAGAACGGCAUGAAGAAUGGCAACCGAUUCGAGCAACCGUCAAGACGUAAGGGCGGUCGCCACGACGACUACCGAUCCGCAGCGAAGCGAAAAGCGCGCCGUCGCGGCGCGAAGCGCCGCCGGUGCUCUGGCCCUCAGUGUUCUGGCCGUAGUCCUCCAAUCGGCGGCUACGGCGACCCCCACCUGGGGCUACUUCACCAAUCCUGACGCUGGUUCAGCAGCCGAAAAGGGAUACUUUGGGCCAUGGAGGCAAUGCAAACUUCUUUUGUACGGUCGAGAGAGAUGCGGUCAAGGAGUUUCAAGGUUUCAACCAGUCUUGGCUGUGUGGGUGGCAGGAUUAGCCGCGGCGACCGCCUCCGCGCUUUUGGCGAUCCUGGUCGGCAUUGCCGUGUUACAGUUGGCGAUGGCUUCGUCCGCGAAGCGAGUCUUCAUCUCGUACAGCACAGCUUUAAUUGGGAAAGUGGCCCUUGCUACCUUGGCCACAUCGUUGUCCAUCGUAGCCGCGAGCCUGUUUGCCCUGCAAACUGACGACAGAGCCAGUAGCUUCGUUAUUACAAGGGGAGAGGCUUUUUACAUGCAGUUAGCUGCUAUCGCCUUGAACUUUGGCGUGCUGGUCACCGCGGUAUACGAGGGUAUUUAUGCUCGACGAGGUGGUGACCCGACGAAAAUUAGGGUUGUGGCUGAUCCUCAUGCCGCCACCAUAAAUAAUCCUGGCUACCGGGAACAUCAACCUACGAACGGACGUCAAUGGGAUGCCCUUGAGGGUUUCUCCCACGAGAAAAGGUUACCGCGUAACACGAAGGAGAGACCUUCGCUUGGCAGCUGAUGGAAACUCAAUAUGCCAGAGAAAUGUCUUCAGAUGUGAGUGUGAUGGAAGUCAAGUUGAUGGGAGAAAAUAGAGAAGAUAUACAGGAGUUAGAAGGAGUAAAGAGACAAUGGAAGUUUCGUAAAGAAGAAAGAAUACGUUGACAAUAGAGAAACCGUUAAGGUCAAGUAACGAAAAAUAUGCUUAUUUUGUUUUACUCCCAUAAUAUCAGAUUAUACGUUGUACAUUCAAUUAUAUUUAUUGGAUAUAAAAACAACAGGGUAAGUAAACCCCAAAAUAUUUGGUCCCCUUAAAAUAAGCCAAAAUCGAAAUUUUUAUAAAGAAAUUUUUAUAAAGAAAGCAAAAUAUACAAAGCAUAUGUAUGUAUCUAUAUCUCUUUAUUGUGUAACAAAUUAUUUUGUUAUAAAUACAUUUCCUUUUCACAAUGUUCUUUCCUUAUAUCUAACUGCGUACUCUAUUUACUUAUUUUCUACGCGACGCUGGUUGUUUGACGGUUUACAAUAAUACUGUUUUAUUUGUAUGUUUUAUUUGUACAUUUUUUUUUUAAUAUUUACUCGCUAGUGUUAUUUUAAUUUUUAUGCCAGUUAAUGCUUACAUUUUAUCCUAAUUUCCUAGUCUAUUCUUUUCGCUUGCUCCUUAUUCUACAAAUUGUACUCUUUUGCUUUUGGUGUAGAGAGUUGCAUUCUCUUUUCCUAUCCCCCUUUAUGAAUGCUAGUCUUAAUCUUUCACUCUCUCUUUUUUUUCUAAUCUACGAUAUAAAAUUAUAAAAUUAAUAACAAUACUGACAACGUCUUAGUGAUACCCGUACUAUUGUAGCAAACAUGUAAUAGCAAAAUAUAAAUUUCUCUCUUAAAGUAGUUCGUGUUUUUUAUAUGUUUAUAUCUGUAUUUUCCGCGGCAUAUCUAUAGUAUAAUAUUCGCAUCCUUUAGGAACUUAAUUAAGGCUUUAUACAAAGCAUAUUUAAGUAUGCGAAAGUCGAAAAAGAAAAUCAAAUAAAGUGGUACGCGUGACAGUCAAUAUGCUAAAGGCAAAAAAAAAACGGGAUGCACGUAGAAGAGGAUUUCAAAUGGAGAAGCGUGAAACAAAGAGCAAAGUGGACUGGAAACGAGCGACGAAACGCGGAGGAAGUAUUUCUCUUCCGCAAACACUUUACGUUUCGAAUGAUGAGAAUCUGCGUGUUGACUGGCUGCGUCGCACAGUGGUGCGGAUGGCCAAAAACCUGGCCAAAAUUACAAGGAGUUUUCGGAUCUUCCUGAAACUUGGUGUUUUAGGGUUAUUUGGGCCGCAAAUUACGAAUCUAGUAUCAAAAUUGCAAAAUUCAAAAUGGCAGAUCCAAUAU